GGAAUUGUUUCGUCCUGUCUGAUGUGGACCAAACCAUUGGACCGUAUUGGACUAUUUCCUCAAGAUAAAACUCUCGUAUCUUAAAAUUGUGAAACACCGUGUGUAGAUCUUCAUGAGACUGAACCAGUAAUAACAUUGCCAUGACUGCUGCCAAGCGUCCCCAACCUGAAAACAAACCAUCAUCUAUUCUUUCACUAGAAGAAAAUGAUCAAUUAUUUAAACUCAUUGGCUUGCGCUGCAAAAGUAUGGCGUCAGCUGUGGUUCAGGUCUGUUUUGCUGAUCCACCCAAUAGAUCCACAUGGAACAAACGGCAUUGUGGUGUAGUCUGCUUCAUCAAAGAUAAUAUCAAGAGAUCCUAUUUCCUUAGAGUAUUUUGCCUCGACAGGCAAUCUGCCAUCUGGGAGCAAGAAUUGUACAGUUCUUUUGACUACUGUGCACCAAGACCUUACUUUCACACUUUUGAGGGAGAUGAAUGUCGCAUUGGGUUUAAUUUUGCUAAUGAAGGCGAGGCAGAAUACUUUCUGAUGGCUAUCAAAGAAUAUUUGAGGAUGAAAUCGGAGAAACGAGAACGCCGUCGUUUAUCACAGCAGCAAGUGCAGCAACCGCAACCAGGAAAACCCACGCCAGUCGCCACGAACGGAUCGGUACCAAAAUCUACAGCAGUACGAUCAGCGACAAUCACAAACAGUAUAACAGUGACAAAAAAAGGGAAGAAAGACAAGAACAAGAAAAUUACCAAGGCGGAUAUUGGAGGGCCAUCAGAUUUCAAACACAUCAGUCACGUCGGAUGGGACCCUAAUCAAGGAUUUGCACUUGACAACGUCGAUCCAAAUCUGUUGAAGUUCUUCGCCAGAGCCGGCAUAUCGGAGAAUCACUUGAAAGACAAAGCAACACGUGAAUUCAUCUACGAUUUUAUCGACAAACAUGGAGGGAAAGAAGCGGCUAUUCGUGAGAUUUCUAGUUUACAGUCAUCCGGCGGCAGUUUGUUUUCAGCACCUCCGGUGCCAGCAAGGAAUCCUCCGUCUACACCUCAGACGGCAAGGAUCGCUCCUCCGGCACCACCCGUUUCAGCUCCACCGCCGCCACCUUCAAGAGUGAUUGCCUCCCCUCCAUCUGUUGCUCCUCCAGCACCUCCUCAACGGGCCCCACCACCGAAAAUGGCACCAAUUAACAACGUUGCACCCCCACCACCUCCUGUCGGUGCACCUCCUCCUCCUCCACCACCUCCACCGCCUCCUUCGUUUGGUGGACCCCCUGCUCCUCCUGUUCCUUCAUUUGUUGUUUCGUCUCCGUCACUCCCACCCACUCCAGCUCAACCCGAUGUCCGUGGCGCCCUGAUGGACGCCAUUAAAGAGGGACACAAACUCAAAUCGGUGCCGAGUGAUGCCGAUCAAUCGAUGAAGAGUGGCGCUAAAGUGCCAGCCUUCGAUUCACGCAACGAUUUGUUGGGUCAAAUAAGAGCAGGAAAGGAACUGAAACCCGUGGAGAAAAAGGCUUCUGUUGUUGCCGUCAGCGACGAUGUCAUGGAAGGUAUGGCCGGUGCCUUGGCCAGGGCCUUGGAGGAAAGAUGUCGUGUCAUCCAUUCCGACAGUGAUGAAAGCGGCCAGGACCCAGAUGAAGAUGACGAUUGGGACGAUUAAUAAAAUUUUUGUGAAAAUCGUUCCCUAUAUCAAAAGCAGUCCUCGAGUUUGACGUAGUAUUAUUUUAAAGAGACUUAUUAGUCUUUUAUCUUUCACUGGAAUUUAAUUAUUUGCAAUAUUGCUUCUGCCUAAAUCUUCCAGUGGUACAAGCUAUCCAUUUACAUGUUUAAGCCGCACAAAGAAUCUUUUAAAUAACCGCAACCCAACUGUGACAGCCGUUGCACAUAUUGCUAUUUGCAAGUUAGAGUUAAAAAAAAAAUAAUAAUUCAUUUGGGUAGUUGUGUGUGAAUGAUGUGCCUACUUAUUAGAAUGAAAUGUGUUUCUGUUUUAUCCUUCUUGUUUUUGCUUUGCCUCAUCUACCAAUAUCCUUUCUUGUUCUGAAAUGAAUUACACUAAUGUCCUAUUGUCACACA